UCGGCUUUAUAAAGACCAAACCGACCGAGUGUGAGGACAUAUCAACUCAGCCUCCUCCAGCAACUCGCCAUGUCGACAACAGGUGUCUGGCUGUUCGUCUCUCUCGCCAUUCUCUCCGCGCUGCUCAUUCCCAACGCAGGUGGUGAGCCCAAGGCGCCGCUGCAGAUGUACGGCGGUGAGCCCUGCCCGCCGCUGGCCCACCCGUGGCUCGCCUCGAUCGUGAACCACCGCGGGGAGCACGUGUGUGGCGGAGCUCUCGUCGCUCCCGACUGGAUCCUGACCGCGGCGCACUGCCUCUCCAGCCUGAACCUCGCUCGCCGCACGGCCCGCGUUCUGCUGGGCGAGCGGACCUUGCGUCCCGUGUGCCACAGGGACCCGCGGGUGACUCGCCACGUGGUGCACCCCUCCUACGACCCCCGCUCCGAGUCGUUCGAGGGGGACCUGGCCCUCCUGCAGGUGUCCCCCGCCCCCCGCCUGGGCCCCGGCGUCUCCAUCAUCCCCCUGGCGACCUCGUGCCCCCGCCCCGGGGACCGCUGCUCCAUGGCCGGGUGGGGGCAGACAGAGACUGGUAUCUUCCCCAAGUCCUCGGAGUGCCUCAACGUGACCGUCAUCGACAAACACCUCUGCCGCAAGAGUUACGGCCCCGCGCUCACCAACUCCAUGUUCUGUGCCGGGUUCAUGGAAGGCGGGAGAGAUGCGUGCAAGAAAGACUCUGGGGGCCCGCUGGUGUGUGACGGAACCGUUCAGGGUGUCAUCUCGUGGGGGAAGGAUUGUGGGCGCGCACACUACCCCGGAGUGUACACCCGCGUCUGCUCCUUCUCCUCCUGGGUGACCUCCACGAUCGGCAACCUCCCGGGGUCCGGGCUCCCACAACACCUGCUGAGGUCCCGAUUAAUGCAGCGAUGGGGGGGUGCAGCGGGGCAGCGGAGGGAGAGGCUGGGGAAUGAGUGAGGAGUCGCCGCUAUCUUCUUGGUUCU